AUGCCAUCAGCUGUUCCAAACUAUCAGCAAUAUUAUGGUUCAAUGAUGCCAUAUUCUUCUCAACUACCCUUUUAUUCUUCUGUUCCAACAGACAAUGAAAAUACUCCAAAUGUUGGAUCAACGGAAUUUCCUGGAUUUUCCACACAAGUGUCUCUUGGUGGCAUGAGCAGUAAUAGUGAAGCCAUUCCAAAUGCAGCAGAGUCAACUUCCACUCGCCGGAAAAGCCCAAAAUGGACAACCGAUCAAAACUUGGUGCUACUUAGUGGGUGGAUUAAAUUUGGAACAGACAGCAUUGUUGGUAGAAACCAAAAAUGUGAAUCUUAUUGGGGUAAAAUUGCGGAGUAUUGUAAUGAGCAUUGCUCAUUUGAUCCUCCGCGUGAUGGAAUUUCGUGUAAAAACCAUUACAACUAUAUGAACCCAAAGUUGGCUAAAUGGGUUGGCGCUUACGAUAGUGCUAAGCGUUUGCAACAAAGCUGGUGGUCGGAGCAAGAUGUAUUGGCGAAAGCACAUGAAUUAUAUUCAAGUGCUAAUAAAGGAAGUUUAAAUUUAAUGCAGGAAUGGCUCAAUGUUCGUGAUCAACCACGUUACCGUAGUCAGAUAGGAGGAAAUACAGGUUCUGAAAGCAGUGGCUCUAAGAGAUCUCGUGAGAGUAGUGCUGGUGACACCAACUCUGUAGGGUCUAGUGUUCGUCCAAUAGGACGGGAUGCAGCUAAAAAAAAGAGUAAAAAAAAAGGUAAAAAUGCAGUCUUAGAAGUGGAAGAGAAAGAAUGGAAUGAUUUCAAACAAUUCAAAGAGCAAGAGUUGGAACGGUUGGACAAAAUAGUCAUGCAACAAGAAGAGGGAAAUAAACUCAUUAAAGAAAAGACUGAAUCUAAAAAAAUGAAGAUGUUUAUCAAGUUAUCUGAGAAAGAGCAUCUCAAUGACCAAAGCAAAGAGCUAUUGAAAAAGCUUACCCACGAUCUAUUUGGAAAUUAA